AGUGGCGAGUCUCUUUAGCCUUAGGGUUGGUUCGCAGAGCCUGAUUCGGAGCUCAUGGCUUGCACAAUAGAUUUCCGCCGCCUAGAUGAAGGCUUCGGCGGCAAAACUUACAAACGAAAGCGCCAAGAAUCGCAAAUUACCGCCAGCAGCAACGAUGAUGCUGCCGCCGCCGUGGCUACGUCCAUGGACGUCGACGAUUCUUGUCGCCGACCCGCGAAGCGCUCUGCGUUGCCUUCCUCCGAUGACCCCGACAAACCCACCUUCGGUCGACCCACCUACGACGGCGUGAUUGCGGGAAAGGUGUCGGGUCGGAACUGGAAGCAGACACGAAAGCAGCGUGCUUCCGCGAAGCACGUGAGUGUAAAGCGGACGACUUUCGAGGAAAGAGAUAGGCAGAAGGAGAUAAAGAGAGCUUACAAGGAGAGGAUGAAUGAGUUGAAGGAAGAGAUUAGGCAAAACAAGAUUGAGAAGAGAAAGAAGAGAGAGGAGAGGGAGAAGAAGAAGAAAGAGAACAUUUUGAGGUCUGGGACUAAGUUUCAGAAGAUUACCAAUCCCAAUACUUUGAAGAAGAUUGCCAAGUCCAAGCAGAAGAAGUUGCUUCAAGUUGUCCCUGAUGAAUUUGUUAACAAGAAAAAGAAGUAAAAAAACUUUUGUUGGGUUCAAUUUUGGUUUUCUUUAUGUUGCAUGUACUUGUAUUCUGUUUCUUUUUGUCGACAGAAGUUAUCCUUUAUCUUGGAAUGAAAUCUGAUAUAGUAAAAUUCUCUGCUUGCUUUUUAGCUUUUUCUGCUUUCUGGGUCUUUCUUCUGAAGAUGAGAUUAAUGAAUAUGUUGUGGAUUGCAAUUGGAUUA